GGUAGCAAUUACGAGUGACCAUCGUAUCAAUACAUCUAAACAAUAUAAUUUCUGAGCCAUAUAGCAGCUGCCAUGUGCAGAUUCUUGGAUUUCUCUGUUUUUCUAUUCCUUGUUCUUCCCUCUUUAGUUUCUUCACUCUCAUUUGAUCUGCCAAGCAUUAGUCCUAAGUAUACAAAUGUGCACAUCAAUGUGGAAGGAGAUGCAAGUAUCACAAACCAGGGCAUCCAACUCACACCAUAUGAACGCGAGGAGGUGUUGAAUGGCAAAGCUGGUCGAGCCACCUAUGUUGAAUCCUUGCAUCUAUGGGACAAGGCUUCUAGAGAGUUAGCUGAUUUUACCACCAAUUUCACUUUCAACAUCGACUCGGAUGGUAAUUCUAGCUUUGCUGAUGGACUCGCAUUUUUCUUGGCCAAUUUUUCCAGCCCUUUCAAUGGAACGUCCAUUCAAGGUGGGGGUCUUGGCCUUAUGAAUGAAACUCUACCUAUAUCCCCAGAUCCUUUUGUUGCUGUGGUGUUCGAUACUUUCUCACACCAAGAGAAUCGGCCUAGGACGAAUGUAAGUAUCAAUGUUAAGUCUAUGCUAAAUCCUGGCAGUAUAAAACCAUGGUUUAACAACAUCACUCAGGGAAUGGAUAACAAUGCUUCAAUUACUUAUAGUGCUAGUUCCCAGGUUCUCCAAGUGGUUUUUACAGGAUUUUGGAAAGGUCAAAAGACGACAGAAAGCCUUAGUUACAAGGUUGAUCUCAGGGAAAUCUUGCCUGAAUUCGUUAGCGUUGGCUUCUCAGCAGCAACAGGAUGGUUCUUUGAGAAAAACAGUGUCAGCUCGUGGCAGUUCAAUUCCACUUCACUGAGGUCAGGCAGUGUUUUGCUUUCUCCAGCUUCAAGCCCCCCUCCAAAAGGAAAAAACAAGAAACAACUAGUGAUAGGGUUGAGUAUUUGUGUUUCAAUUAUAGUUGCUCUAUUGUUGGCUCUAGCCAUCAAUACCUGCCAUAAAAAGGUUCCCGAUCUUGGUCAGGACAUGGAUAGUGAAUUUCAAAGGGUUAGCAGUGGUACUAAAAAGUUCUCAUACACUGAAUUGCAGACUGCAACUAACAACUUUGCAGAGGGGCAGAAGCUUGGAGAAGGGGGGUUUGGAGGGGUUUAUAGAGGUUUCUUAAGGAGCCUAAACUUGGAUGUGGCUGUCAAGAGAGUCUCAAGUGGGUCUAAUCAGGGGAUUAAGGAAUACGUAGCAGAAGUAAAGAUCAUCAGCCAAUUGAGACAUCGAAAUUUGGUGCCACUUUACGGUUGGUGUCACGACAUCAACAGAGGUGAGUUACUUCUUGUUUAUGAAUACAUGCCUCAAGGCAGUUUAGACUCCCAUCUCUUCAAGGCAAAGUCACCGCCUUUGAAUUGGGAGCUCAGGUAUAGAAUUGCACAAGGCUUGGCCUCAGCUUUGCUCUAUCUUCACGGAGGGUGGAAACAAUGUGUAUUGCAUAGGGAUAUUAAGUCCAGCAAUGUCCUUUUGGAUUCAAGCUUCAAUGCUAAACUAGGUGAUUUUGGGUUAGCAUCGCUUGUUGACCAUGAAAAUGCACCUCGAAAAACCUUAGAUGGUGGAACACUCGGGUAUAUAGCCCCAGAAUGUAGUUCCACAUUACAAACAACCAAAGAAUCGGAUGUGUACAGUUUUGGAAUUGUUGCAUUAGAAAUUGCUACUGGGCAAAGAGCAAUUCUUGUCAAUGAACCAGAAGGUGUGAAAAUAACCUUGGUGGAAUGGGUUUGGAAUUUGUAUGGAAUGGAAAAGCUAAUAGAAGCUGCAGAUCCUAAGCUAUGCGGAAACUUUGAGAGGCCAAAAAUGGAGAAAUUAAUGAUGAUCGGGUUGUGGUGUGCUCAUCCUAAUAGUACUUGCCGACUAAAAAUAAGCGAAGCUUUACAUUGUCUUACAUCCUCAGAGCAACUGCCCCCCCUUCCACAAAAGAUGCCUAAGCCAGUUUACCCAACAUCUUUUUCAAGUCAGCAUUGGCAGAUACUUGAGGGCCAUACGAGCUCCAGCAACAACAGUUGUCCCUCACGUUUCACUUCAUCUUCCAUCAUGGAUACAUCAUCUACCUCACAUUCACACACACACUGAUGGCAACAACAUUCUUGGCUUCCCUAUCCUAAUUUCAAUUAAUCAAAAACAGUGUGUACUGUAUUGUGUGUCUUUUUAUUGAUAUAUUUCUGUGCUCUUGCUAUUAAGUCAUUGUCUAGGGGGUCAAUUAUGAAUUAUGCAUGUUUGCUGGAUGAAUAAUGAUGUUGGACAUAGGGUUGAACACCCAUUACAUAUUGCUAUCUCUUGUAUUUAUCUCUGCUUUGUAUUUGCAAUUAAAGUAGUAUGCAUAAGAACAUUGGUGAUUGAAAAUGUAAGAGUAUGAGAUACUAUUGUAAUGAGCCUUAAGAUUUGAACUAUAGCUAUGGAGUUAGUACGU